GUCAUAUACUCUUAACUGUCAGUGCGUGAAAAUUGUGACGCAUAACCAUAUAAAGUAAAUUUUCUUGGAAUUAAAAGUUUUUUUGAAUUUUGAGAUUAAAAAUAACUCCUUUAUAAGUUUGCUUCAAUCAUAUCAUAAGUAAUUUAAAAUGGCAGACGAAACAAUUUUACUACAAUGCUAUAAUAGAGGAUGCGGUCAAAAGUAUGAUCCAAAUAAUAAUAAAGAUGAUUCUUGCAGACAUCACCCGGGCCAGCCAGUUUUUCAUGAUGCUUAUAAAGGAUGGGGUUGCUGUAAUAAAAAAUGUACUGAUUUUACGGAGUUCCUGAAUAUAAAAGGUUGUACUUUAUCUAAACACUCAAAUAUAAAACCAAUAGAACCAGAAAAGCCUAAAAUAAGAGAGGAGGAUGAGAGCAAAGUUAUUGAAGUUAAACCAAUUAUUCCAACUGCUUUAGAAAGGCCACCUUUUAGCACGCCUUUAGUUAUAAUGAAACCAGAAAUAGCACCAUCCCUUCAACAGCAACUCAAAACACUUGAAACCAAACAACAAAUAAAUUCAACUGAAAACACUGGAGAAAUACCUGCAGGUACAACUUGCAAAAAUGGGGGUUGUGCAGUAACUUAUGAGGGUCCACAUACCAAUGAAACUGUUUGCACUUAUCAUCCUGGUGUUCCAAUAUUUCACGAAGGAUUGAAAUAUUGGUCAUGUUGUCAGAAGAGAACUACAGAUUUCACUGCCUUUUUGGGUCAAAUAGGCUGUGAAACAGGUGCACACUUGUGGAAAAAAGAUACAGGAGACAAUACAACAGUUCAGUGUCGAUGGGAUUUCCACCAAACUGGUUCUCAUGUGGUGGUUUCCAUAUAUGCCAAAGAAUACAAUCCCGCAGAAAGUGUAGUGAAGUUGAAUCCAAUAAGAAUGUAUGCUAAAUUAGUUUUUCCCCUACAGUCGAAUGCUAUGUUCCUGUUAGAUGUUGAACUAAAAGGAAUUGUAAAUGUGGAAGCUAGUCAAGUUACGAUGUAUGGAACAAAAGUAGAAAUUAAAAUGAAGAAAGCUCAACCUGGAAGCUGGAGUAAAUUAGGAACUGAAGUAACACAAGAAAAAGCACAACAGGUGAAUAUGGGAACAGAAAAAAUCAUACCGGCUGUCGAAGCUGUGAGCUUAGACGACUUAUAAAAAAUAAUAUUGCAUAUAGUAUAAGUUUUCAAAAUAGGAAUAAGUUGAUAAUUUUUCUGAAUCAACAUCAUUAUGUUUAUGAUCAUAUGCAAAGAAAUUAUGUUUGAUGACAGACUUUUGUUUAAAUUCUGUAUUAGUAUUGUGGAAGAUAUACUUGAUCAACAAUUUUUAUUUAGUUAUUUUUUAACAGAAUGUAUAAAUAUUUUAUAUACAAAAAUAUAUUUUCAUGAAAAUAAA